AUGACUGGUAAGCUAAGCAAUUGGAUAGAGUCUACAGAGAAAUAUUCAAUUCUUUAUAUCAACUUCGAAUACGAAGGGAAAAAAUACCUAGGAUAAGCUUGUGCAUCUAGUUUCUUCUAAGCUAAAACAAUUAGCCCUAUCUAUCCAUAUAUAUUUUAUUAUAAAAAUGAUUAUAUUUAAUGUGGUCCUACAGAUGGAAAUAGGACAUCUCCACAAUAUCAUAGAAUAUUACCCUAAAAUAAUUAGAAUCAAAUAUAAGUAGAUAAUCAUCAAAGACUUCUAAAAUCGAGUAGUAGCCAUAGUAGUAGUAGUAAUCCUAGUUCUAGCUCUAAUUCUAGUUCAUCUGAAUCUUGUUUGGGAGAAUACCUAUGGAGUGAUGUUAAAAUAGCUAGUUGGCUAUGUCAGGAAAAAUAUUUUAAUGUAGAAGAUUAUAUGGAUCCUAGGGAUUGUUAUGUUAACUUUUUUAAUGGGAACAAAGCAUUUAUGAACGGCUUAUUAAGAUAUCCAAUGAAAGACGUAUAUAGCUUUCCUUUGGUUUCAUAUAAGCCUUAUGCCUACUUUCCUAAAAUUGAAUUAAUAUGCUUGAUAUUAUUUAGCUAUUAUAAUUGGAUAUUAUCAUUUAAUUCAAUAUUUUUGUACACCACGAAUUGUAUUCUCUAAAAUAUGAAAAACCUUUAAAAGCAUAUGCUUUUUCUAAAAAUAAUACCAAACCCAACAAAAUAGGAGUAAACUAGUUAAGAGUUACUUAAAUUGAAGCCAAAAAUAAAUUAAUUAGAUUAACCAUAAAUAAAUGCAGUUAUCAAUAACUAGAUUCAUGAUAUACCUUAACUAUAAUAAAUUGAAAAUCCAAUAUUGUCACCAAAUCAAGAUUAACAAUAAUUAAAUUCUUCACCAUAAAUCAAUUAAGUUCAAAGAUAUUAAAUAGAAAGAGUAACAGAGUAAAAUAACAUGUAUAGUGAAGAUAAUGUUCUUAAAAGAGAUAUUGAAAUUUUAAAUCCUAAGACAUUAAAUGAAAUACCAGCUCAGACAUUAGCUGGAGUAGAAGAUUAGCUAAAAAUAGAUAAUGAAGAUAAGUAAAAUAAUAUGUAUAGUGAAGAUAAUGUUCUUAAAAGAGAUAUUGAAAUUUAAAAUCCUAAGACAUUAAAUGAAAUACCAGCUCAGACAAUAGCUGGAGUAGAAGAUUAACUAAAAAUGGAUAAUGAAGAUAAUAUUAUUAAACCUGGUUUUGUUAAUCAUUAAAUUUAAAAAUCUAUAUUUUGA